CGACGCCGCGGGUCCUGAGGCCCUUCCUGUUGGAGUAGCCCGGCGUUCUGACGGCUGAGCUCACCACCAUGUAUUAUAAGUUCAGCGGCUUCACUCAGAAGCUGGUCGGAGCGGCGCCGGUGGAGGCUUACAGCCCGCAGGGGUUCCGACCAUUCACUAACCCUCAGGCUCCAGCGCCAAUUUUUUCCACACCAACAAAGCUUCCAGGUGAAUUCUCUGCUUCCGACGCCUUCAUCAAAAACAGAGUGCCAGAGCUACAGAAACUCUUCCAGAAACCUGAUGGCAUACCUGUCCACUUAAAAGGAGGAUAUUCCGACAGACUUCUGUACCGAACCACUAUGGCAUUAGCACUCGGAGGGACCGUCUAUUGCAUCAUCGCGCUCUUCAUAGCCUCCCAGCCCAAAAAAAAUAAAUAAUACUGGGACUGAUCAGAGCAACUGUCAAACAUCUAAUUGUAUUUUUUUCUAUCUUACUGAGCGUUUUACAUGUUACUGUUUGAGUUCCAAAAACAAUUGUUUUACUUUGGGGGGGGGGGGACAAAAAGGUGUUCCGGCCAUUUCCUCAAUCAAAUGGGCUGUGGGUACUAUUCAAAUUAGGGAAUGAUUAUAAAGCCUGAUGUAUUGGUAAUUCCUCUUCCAUUCCUAUAAAUACUCUCUUAUGCAGAUUUAAGAAGUGAUCUUUCUGAACAGAGCUCAACCAGGAUAUGAUGCAGAAUUUUUUUUUUUUUUCCUCAAUUGCCCUCAAGCUGCUCAGGUCAUCUUGCCAGGUUGAUGUAACUCUUGUAACACACAGGUUGUGUUAAUGUAUCUAUGAGUUGUGGCCUUAAAGCAAAGGGUCACAUGUACAGUGAAAGCAAGACUUUUGUGCAAAAUACAGAGCACAAUGUAACAAUAAAUACUUUCCAUCCAUAAUGA